ACACCUUGGCACCCCUGCCUGUUCUUGGGGCAUGCCUGCUCUCCCUGAAGGCAGCAGGACUUGGUCAAAACUCCAUUCCUGAGUGCUGCACAGCUCCCAGCCAUGCCCCCAACACAGAUAAACCACCAGACUCCAGGCCUUGCCAAAAACAGGCACUGACCCUUAAUGGCCAUAGCAGUGUCCAUGGCAAGCACAGCAUCUCAGCAGCUGAGAUCACAACAGGAACCCACAGUCAGCUUUCAUAAUUUAUCAUCACAGGUAAUUUUCUCCUGCUCACUGCUCUCAAACCAGUUGCUGUGAUGAGUGGCAGAAGUCAAGACACUGAUGCCCUUUGCUUGUGGGAGAGAGUUCCCUCCUGUCUAACUUCUGCUUUAUUUGUACUAAUACAGUUGUAUAUAGCCUGGCAUUUAAAGCAUGUGGGAGAAUGUUUCACAUUUCUUUUUAGGGUCUCAAGGUGAUAUUUAGGAAGAGUUAGGACUCUGGAAAGUUUUAUAGAGUUACAGAGCACCCAAAGGGUCUCUUUCCAGAGAUCUUUUAAAAAUAAAAAUCUUCCUCCCUUUGUUAUUUUGAACUAUAACCACUACAAACAGCUUUCCCACUUUUUAAGUGUUUUUACUAGAAAUUUCUCUUAGAAUACUGAUACACAUGAGAGUUCACCAGCUAGAUAAAGCUUUGGGUGUGUCAGAUUAUUCCUGACAUUUGCAUACUCCACCUUAUUUAAUCAAUCUUUUAACAAAUGAAGCUAUUAAGUGAUUCUACUCAUUCCAUCUUUUCCCAACAAAAAGUUUAAAGAAAGCAAACCUUGCUCUUUUAACUUAUUAGACCAGCAGGACCAUCCCAAAAUAGAUGCUGCCUCGAUCUUCUAAAGAGAAUUCAUCUCCUUAAAAUUUACAGUAUUAGGCAAGGCUCUUGACAUCAGCUACAAACCAUUUCUGAAGGGGAUGUGCAGGGCUAUAAAUCCCAGAUGUCAGAUAAAUCAGUGACUGAAAAAAAGACAAAAACACAACUGUGGUCAUGUGGUGGGUGGAACACAUUUUAACAGGAGACUUGCAGUGGUUCAGCUUUUCCAUUAAAGCUGGGUGGAUGAGCCACCUCAGCCAAAACACAGGAUGCAUUCCAGAAACCCUCCAAGCAGAUGGAGCGAGGCAAUCAAAAUCCCUGCACGUGGAGCACAAGGAGUUGAGCCUGGAGAAGAGAACCCAAGAGCAGGAUGCUAACAUUUGAACAGAUCAUAAAGGGAAAGUUUGUUAAAAAGAGGAAAAGCUCCUGUGUCAGUUCUCAAGGAGCAUGUCCUUACCUUGUCUCUGCAGCACUUGGUGUGGCAAUGACUGCAGCAGAGAUGCUCAGGGGCUGGACAGGCAAUGCUCAGCACUUCUUGCACAGGAGCACUGGGCACUGCAGCACACACAGGACACUCCUGUGGCCACUCUCUUGGACCAGCACUCAGCCCCCAGCAAAGGUUUAGCUCUCCACAAUGCUGCUGUUGGCAUACCUGCAUUGCUCCCACCCCAAGGGCAGCUGAAACCAGGACUGCCAUCAGUAAGUUCAGGCAGCCACAGCCAAGAACCUGGCAAGGCAGCUGCCACCCCAUCUCUGUGCUUUGUGGAAUCUUUACAGGGAGAAACUGGAAUUGCCAAACCUCUGACAAAGUGUGAAAAUCUGGUCACUUUGAUACUUACGGGUUUCCUUGGCCCUAUAGGCUUUAAAGCAAGGAAACACUCUGCAGCUGUGUGGUCCUGUUCCACCACAGUGUUUUAGUCCAGUUGCAACAUUUGGCAGCAAUGAGCUCCAAGAGCUGCAUGCUUUUGGUCUGAAAACUUCCAGUAUGAAACCAAGGAGAGCUACAGAGAGCACUGAGAUUAACUAAGAGCUAGAACAUGGUAACACUGCUGGAAUUACAACCAGAAUUACAACCAGAAAUAAAGCCUGUGUAGAAUAAAAGGGACACCAGAGCAAGAGAUCCAUCUUUUUCAGCCUGAGCUACACAGUUCAGCUAAAGGCAAGAGCAUUCCCAAGCACACAGUGCAGCUCACUUGUCCUGCACAGGGAUCAGCAGAAACUUGUUUCCUUCACAGGAUAGCACUGACAAAGUCACAGAGUGAUGGAUAUUCCUAGCUGUGCUGCAUCAGGAGGCAAGACAAGCUGUGGAGAUCCCAGCAGCAGGACACCCCCAGAGGGUGAUGUCCUCAAAGGCGCAGUCCCAGCUGAGCCAGGAAUACGGAAAAAAAUUCACCCACCAAAACCUUUGGCGUGACCCCAGACACGAUCAGCUGGAUGGGGUGAGCAGUGCAUACUUCCACUUUCCUGGGCUCCCAGGACCAGCCCCUGGGCACAGUGCCAGCACUGCUGCUCAUGGUGGAAACCAGAUUUUGGCCCUCAAUAACACUGCACCAAAGCCUGUCUAACUAAAUAAAUGAUGUUGUUUACAGCUGGAAGAUGGUCUCCAUUACACAACAUGAUCAUCCUGGCCAAGCUUCCAGGGCGAAGCUGUUCUUCAGGGGUUUAUUGCUUGAACAAGUGAAGAAAACAGGACUAGCUGGAGCAAACAUAGCAAUUACACAGCACAGGAAACAUAAUCUGCUUCUGCUGAGAACACAACUGAGCUGCAAACUUAUCCAGGUCACACCUACUGUUGGGCAUACUUGGGGGUUUAGCCAGUGUCUGGAGAGAGCUGGCAGAAUAGGGGAGAGAAAGAAAGGCCAAACUGUAAAACAUGAAAAAGAACAAAGUUGAGACAGACCAAAAAAUUAAGAAUGAAGAAAUGCACUGGAAGGCAGGGGGCUGACAAAAGAUGCUUCAAGCACAUCAGAACACAUGAGAAAUCCAACAGAGAGAAGUGGAAAAAUAAAAUUAAGAGUGACAAAAAACAAGAGCAGCAAUUGUGUCACUGGCUGCCCUAAUGACACAUCAGCUGCAAGCCCUGGGUCUGGUCCUCCUGGAUCAGUCUGGAGAUUGCUGAUCCUGGGCUGUUGAGUUCAAAGAGGCCCCCAAAAGUGCUUUCUCUUUGCACUGUGGAUAUAGGAUAAAAAACAGGGCGGGGGCAAGGACACAGAUUUUUAAGGACCCUAAAGUUAGCUCCAGUUGCUCAUUUCAGACCUGCUGGAGACAGGCAGUGCCCUGGGAAGGACAGUGAGCCCUUGGGGUGCUCCAUGUUUCAGCUCAGGGCUUAUGCCAAGAAGAGGCACUGCCAGGACACAGCACUCCCCUGUGCUUUCCCAGCUGCCAGAGGAGGAGAGGCUUGCACAGCUCCUGGCAGUCUCCCAUUCCACUCCCAUUCCUGAGCCCCAGGCUGUGCUCAGGGCUCGGUCACAGCUGCAUUUCCCAGAGCCUGAGCCCAGGGCACCUGUCACUGUGUGCAGCCACACCGGGGCGAGCACCCUCACCUGGAUGGUGCUGCCAAGUUCCACUGCCUUUGCUGAAGCUCUAGCAGGAGAAAAUGAGAAAAAUUCCUCCAGAAGUAUUUUUUGAGCCAACUGCCAAGCAGACCCUGAGAAAGGUGACAGCCCAUGAGCAGGAACCUCUCCCAGACAGCUGCCAGAGGAAGUCUGUUACCUGUUGCUGCUUGCAGAGGGCAGGAGGUGAGAAAAACCACUAUCAGAGCAUGAUGCUGGGCUGAGAAGCCUCCCUGCCUCUCAGGGCAGUGCUUAAUCAGCUCUGACGUGCCUGAACACUUAAUCCCCAUGGGGCUGCAGCAGGAAGAACCAGCUGAUUUAUUUUCACUGUGCACAGUCCAACCAACCCUGCCAUGCCUGCAGCUCACCUGCCCAAAAGGUACAUGCUCUUUUUCUUGCCUCCUUCUCUACUAUCCAUCAGGUAUUAGAUGCUGUGGCUGAUGUGUGGCUGGUCAUGUUCUUUCUUGUUAUAUUUAUAUUUACUUGUGCAGCAAAGGCUGGGCUGAGUCUGAAUGUCUCCAAUUCAUGCCCAAGCAUGUGCAAAUGUACACCUGAAGAGACCAUCCUCUGCAACAGAGCUGGACUGAAAACCCUACCUGGAGAAAUAGCAGCAUCCACCAUCUCUCUAAACCUCUCCAACAAUUAUUUGCGGAUUCUCAACACCAACACCUUCAGAAACCUGACUUUCCUUCACAGCCUCUGGCUAGAUGGGAACAAUCUGACUUUCCUGACCCCAGGAACUUUCCAUGCUCUCAGCAGGCUGCAGGAGUUGCACCUCAGCAGGAACUCACGCCUCACCUACCUGCAUGCAAACACUUUCAGAGGACUAUUAAACCUCAUCAGCCUGGAUUUGUCCCACUGCAAUAUCUUCGAAAUCCACCCACUUCUUUUUUCACACUUGCCUUCCUUAGAAAGGCUUGAUUUAGCCUCCAAUAACAUGCGGUAUGUCCCACAAGCCUUCAGGAACCUCUCCAGCCUCACGAGGCUGUCCCUGGAGGGCAACCACAUAGAAGCCAUCGGCAGAGAUUCCCUGAAGGACCUGGAAGCCCUGUAUGAUCUGAACCUCAGGAGGAAUCGGAUAUGGAUCAUCCAAAAUGGAGCUUUUGCAAAGCUUCUCAGAUUGGGCAUGUUAAAUUUAGGACACAACUUCAUCACUGAUUUGCCUAAUCAGCUUUUUGAAGGCUUGAUCCAGCUCAAGACCAUGCACCUCGAAGCCAACAGAAUCACGGCUGUCGACUGCACCUUCAGACACCUGCUCAACUUGAGAAGCCUGUACCUGAACAACAACCAGAUCUCCUUCAUCUCAGACUCAGCUUUUUUAUACCUAAACAAGCUGCACUUCCUUCACCUGAGCAGAAACAACCUCAGCUCCCUGCCCACGCGCUCGUUGGCCGAGCUGACCAAGCUCAAGUACGUGUUCCUGUCCCACAACCCCUGGAGGUGUGACUGCAGCAUGCUCUGGUUCUGGCACUGGACAGCCACACGCCGGGCUGUCAUCCAGGGGCUGGACUGCGCCUUCCCUGGCCCUCCCAACACAACAGCACCCGAGGAGCCCCGCCCUGGGGACCUGGGGGACUGCACGGUGCCACUGGAGCUGCCCAGGGAGGACAAGUGUGGGGUGGCUGGGACCAGCGUGGCUCCCAGGCCCCCCGCUCUGCCCGGCCAGCUCAUCCUGCUGGCACUUGCCUGCCACACGUGGUACAAUGAGAGGGGCUGGGGCACCGUGGUGGCCACGUUUUAAUGAUGUUUCAAUUAUAAAGCGGAGGUUACUUAUUUAUUUUCUUGAAAUUUGUUUGUGGACAUUGGUUUGCACGACAGGUGGGUUUUAUAUGGAAAUAAAGGGAUUUUAUUAUAUAGGAAUAAAUUAUUUUCUUCUGAAAUGCUAACAUAAAAAUUCAAUGCAAAUGCUCACCUUGGCAAGUUCAGGGCUGGGGCUUGUGCUGGUGAUGUGGGG